AUGGAGGUCAGGGGCCCGCAAAGUCACGGGCUCACUCAGCAGUCAGGGGGCCGGUUACGGAGACACGACAAGCCUUCUCUCGGCCUCAGCCCUGCUCUUCUGGGGAAGUGGCAAGUACGGAGAUUUCCCGUAUCUGCCCUGUCCCCGCACUCCAUAGCCUCCCCACUACCAGCAUUCCUCCACCAGAGUGAUGCUUCUGCUACAACUGAUGAAUCUACACUGACACAUCAUAGCCACCUGAAGUCCACAGGUUUUUUUAAAAAAAAUUUUCUGUUACUUGAUGAGAUAUCACAGUGCAACCCUCAGCUGCCAUCAGAUGGUAAAACCAUAGUGGACGUGCAAGAUUUCACUGCUUUUUGGGAUGAGUCGUCACUGUUGAGUGCUGUGCUGGGGGAACUGCCCCCGAGCCAGGGGCUGGUCAGCGUGCACGGGAGAAUCGCGUAUGUUUCUCAGCAGCCCUGGGUGUUUUCAGGAGCUGUGAGGAGUAAUAUUUUAUUUGGGAAGACAUAUGAAAAAGAACGAUAUGAAAAAGUAAUAAAGACUUGUGCUUUGGAAAAGGAUUUACAGGUUUUGGAGGAUGGAGACCUAACUGUGAUAGGAGACCGGGGAACCACGCUGAGUGGAGGGCAGAAAGCCCGGGUCAACCUCGCAAGAGCCGUGUAUCAGGAUGCAGACAUCUACCUCCUGGACGAUCCGCUCAGUGCAGUAGAUGCAGAAGUGAGCAGGCACUUGUUUGAACUGUGUAUUCGCCAAGCCUUGCACGAGAAGAUCACAAUCCUAGUGACUCAUCAGUUGCAGUACCUAAAAGAUGCAAGUCAGAUUCUGGUAUUGAAAGAUGGCAAAAUAGUGCAAAAGGGGACUUACGCUACAUUUCCGAAAUCUGGGGUAGAUUUUGAAGAUAUCCUUUUAAAGAAGGUGAAUGAGCAGGCUGAACUAUCUCCAGUUCCAGGAACUCCCACUCUGAGAAAUCAGACCUCUGAGUCUUCAGUUUGGUCUCAACAGUCUUCCAGACCCUCGUUGCAAGAUGCCGCUCCAGAGGACCAAGAUACUGAGAAUAUACAGGUUACACUACCACUGGAGAGCUGUUCGGAGGGAAGAGUUCACUUUAAGACCUAUGUGAAUUACUUCACAUCUGAUGCUCACUGGCUUAUCAUCAUUUUCUUUAUUCUAGUAAACAUUGCAGCUCAGGUUGCCUACGUCCUUCAGGAUUGGUGGCUUUCAUACUGGGUGAAUGGACAGAGUACACUGUAUGCCAUGGUGUAUGGAAAAGGAAACCUAAUUGUGGUCCCUGAUCCUGACUGGUACUUCACAGUUUAUUCAGUUCUAACUGUAGGUACUGUCCUUUUCGGCAUCACAAGAUCUCUGUUGAUAUUCUGCGUUCUUGUUAAUUCUUCACAAAUUCGGCACAACAAAAUGUUGGAGUCCAUUUUGAGUCCGGUAUUGUUCUUUGAUACAAAUCCAAUAGGAAGAAUUUUGAAUCGUUUCUCCAAAGACAUUGGGCAUAUGGAUGACUUGCUGCCCCUGACAUUUCUUGAUUUCAUCCAGACAUUUCUCCUUGUGAUGGGUGUGAUGGUGCACGCUGCAGGCGUGAUGGUGGCUGUGAUUCCUUGGACUGUGAUACCCCUGGUUCCCCUUGGCAUCAUUUUCUUUGUUCUUCGGCAAUAUUUCUUAGAGACGUCAGGAGCUGUCAAACACCUGGAAUGUGCAACUCGGAGCCUAGUGUUUUCCCACUUAGCAUCUUCUCUCCGGGGACUCUGGACCAUCCGGGCAAACAAUGCUGAACAGAAGUUUCAGGAAGUGUUCGACACACACCAGGACUUGGAUUCAGUUCACAAAUCCAAAGGCUUGGUUACUGCUUUUGACUACGUCCCGAUGGCUCGCUGUGCGUCUGGAUGCCAUCUGUGCCAUCCUGGUCACUGUUGUUGCCUUUGUGUCCCUGAUUCUGGCAGAAACUUUGGAUGCUGGGCGGGUUGGCCUGGCACUGUCUCUCGCCCUCACGCUCAUGGGGAUGACCCAGUGGUGCAUCAGAUGAUUUCAGUAGAAAGAGUGAUUGAAUAUACAGACCUUGAGAAAGAAGCGCCCUGGAAAUACUUCUUUCAUCGUCUACCACCAGCCUGGCCCCAUGAAGGAAAGAUUUUCUUUCAAAAUAUUAACUUAAGGUACAGCUUGGACGGGCCUCUGGUAUUGAAGGACCUGACAGCAGUCAUUAACUCAAGAGAAAAGGUUGGCAUUGUGGGAAGAACAGGAGCUGGAAAAAGUUCCCUCAUCGCUGCCCUUUUUAGACUGUUAGAAACUGAAGGUGAAAUUUCCAUCGAUGGGAUCUUGACAACCAUAAUUGGAUUUCACCAUUUAAGGAAGAAAAUGUCAGUUGUAGCUCAGGAACCAGUUUUAUUCACUGGAACAAUGAGGAAAAAUCUGGAUCCCUUUAAUGAGCAUACGGAUCAGGAACUGUGGAAUGCCUUAGAAGAGGUACAAUUUAAAGAAGCCAUCAAAGGUGUUCCUGGUAAAAUGGAUACUGAAUUAGCAGAAUCAGGAUCGAACUUCAGUGCUGGACAGAGACAACUGGUAUGUCUUGCUAGGGCUAUUCUCAGGAAAAAUCAGAUAUUGAUUAUUGACAAAGCCACAUCAAAUGUGGACCCAAGAACUGAUGAGUUAAUACAAAAAAUCCAUGAGAAAUUUGUUCAGUGCACUGUGCUAACCAUCACAAACAGACUGCCCACCAUUAUUGACAGCGACAGGAUAAUGGUUUUGGAUUCAGGGAGACUGGAAGAAUACGAUAAGCCAUAUGAUUUGCUGCAAGAUAGAGACGGCCUAUUUUACAAGAUGGUGCAACAACUGGGCAAGGACGAGGCUGCUGCCCUCAUUGAAACAGGAGAACAGGUGCACUUCAAAAUGAAAUAGCCAGAUAUUACUCACAGUGACCAUCUGGUUAUGAACGCUUCCAAUGGACAGCCCUCAGCCUUAACAAUUUUUGAGUCAGCACCGUGAUUCUACCAUGAGGUCAAGUCUAUUCCGAAGGCAUUUCUCCAAUAGUUUUUGCACUGCAUAAGCUAUACUGUAUUUUCUUUACACCAGCAACAAAUAUUUACACAUACAAGAUGUUCGUUUAUUUGGAUUAUUUUCUCCAACUUCACCCAACGAUUCUAAGCUCUUACAAAAGGAUUAUUUUUAUUAUGUUAUACUAUUUUUUUCUUAUCCAAAUCAGAUGUACAGGCCACCAAUAAAAGCUGUCUCUCAGUUUUUGUGCCUUGAGAGACUCCAGAGACAAAGCACAUUUUCUAAGGUGCAAGACAAAGUUGUCACAGAUGUUUCUUACUGUUCCCCAAAUUAUAUACCCCUGUCCAAUUAUAUCAAGGAUUCUAUUUAGUUGAAGUGUGUGUGUGAAGUUGCCAUUUUGUCUCACCACUUCCUUUAACAGAACUGGGUUCCAUACCCAAAGACCUCUGGUUAAAAUAGUAAGAGAAAACUAAUAGGAAAAACAAAAAAUAUACCUUAGUUUAAGUGACAUUAUAUGAAAGAGAGGCAUCCCCUCUCCAGAAAAAAAAAAUAUAGGGUUAAAAUACAGAAGGACAGUAUUAUAUGCUCUAAAAGAGAAGGGAGAAAAAAUAUACUUUUUCAAAAUAGGAGCCCUUCUAGGGGAUUUCAUAAUGAAGGACAGAUGUGUGAUUGAUUGUCUUUUAGACGGAAGAUCUUAUUUUUUAAUUUUUUUCAUUGUGGUAAGAUAUAUAUAACAUAAAAUUUGCCAUAUAACCAUUUUUAAACAUACAAUUCAAUGUCAUUAAUCACAUCUACAGUGUUGUGCAACCAUCAAUGUCUGGUUAAUUUUUGGUAAUUAUUUUAGGACUAUUCAGUUAUUUCUAUAGAGUCAUUUUUGGUACAUUUUAUUUCUCUAGGAGUGGAUCUCCUGUGAGUUUUGAACUUGACUGACAUAAAGUUAUUCACAAUAUCUUAUAUGUUUAAACUCUGCAGCACCUAUAAUUGUGUUUUUUUUGCUUUUUAUGGCUUGAUUGAUCCUUUCUGGUUUUUUAAACAUUUUCUAGUUCAUUACAUUAUUCUUUCUUUCCUUCAACUUUUCAUUUAUUUUGAGAUUUUUUUGGUCAAUUCUUAAACUGGAAACUUAAUUUUCAACUUAAUUCUUUUUCUAAUAUAAGUACAUAAAGUGUACUUCUGUUUCCUAAGACCCACCUUAGCUGCAACCUACAAGUUUUGGUGCUUAGCACUGAUCAAUAACCAUAGUAUUAGGUAUUUUCUAAUUUAACUCAAUUAUAUCUUUUACCCAUGAGUUAUUCAUAAGUAUAAUGUUCUCUAAAUUUCAAAUGCUAAUGUAUUUUUUCUAUUAGAUUGAACCAUGUGGAACUGCUAACAGUCAACCUUUUUUUAACUUAUAAAAUGGCAGUUUCAUACGGUUCAACAUAAUAGUUUUCUUUUGUUAUUAAUAGAUAAUUUCAUUUUGGUCAGAAAACAUUAGAUUGAGGAUUUUAAACCAAAGGUAACCACAUUCACCCACAAAGUCCUUGUUUCCACCAUUUUGUAUUUUAUUUGGUGAUUCUAAAAUGUUAUAAGUGUAACCAGUAAUUUUCAAAUAAAAAUCCUCCCCAAGUACUGGAAUGUUUUCUGAUACAUGCUGCAAGUUGGUUCUCUGGGAUACAGACCCAGAUGGAGUUUAGUGUUGGGAUGUUUAUUAGGGGUGCCCUUGGGAUCAAUACUUGCAGAAGCGAGAGGGAAGAAACAAAGUAGGGCAGAGGGAGAAAUCAAGCUGGAACACUUGCCAGAUGACCUUAGCUGACC